AUGUCAAUUAGAAGUGAAUCAUUCAAUACAACAACAAUGCCAACUGAUGCAAAUGAAGAAGAAUCUCAAUCAACUUUAUCCUGGCUCUUUGGUAGUAUUGUUUCCGGCGUUAAAAGCUUCAAUGAUACGCUGACGGAUUUUGUCAAGACUAUUGAUGUCGUGGACGCUGAUACCGAUACUGACGCGGAGGAGGAUGAUGAUUCAAACGAUGCUCCUAGUUCUACGAAGAAGCAAGAAAAUCUGGUACAACCACAUACCUAA